AAGCCCCGCCCCUCCCUUAAAGCCCCGCCUCUAGGCCGGCCUAUUUUCCUCUCCUCCGCUCUGGCGGCGACCGCAAAGGCUGCCACCGAGCUCUGAACUGGACGCGAUGGGGCUUCCUGAGGAGCGGGGCCGAAGCGGCAACGGGAGCGAGGGCCGGGAGGAGGCUGGAGCCGGGAGCCAGGCACGGAGUUGGGCUCCGCCGCCCGAAGUCAGCCGAUCCGCGCACGUUUCCUCGCUGCAGCGCUACCGCGAGCUGCACCGGCGCUCUGUGGAAGAGCCUCGGGAGUUUUGGGGAGGCAUUGCCAAGGAAUUUUACUGGAAGACUCCAUGCCCUGGUCCAUUCCUUCAGUACAACUUUGAUGUGACUAAAGGGAAAAUCUUCAUUGAGUGGAUGAAAGGAGCAACUACCAACAUUUGCUACAACGUACUGGACCGAAAUGUCCACGAGAAAAAACUUGGAGAUAAAGUUGCUUUUUACUGGGAGGGCAAUGAGCCAGAGGAGACUACUCACAUCACCUACCUUGAGCUUCUAGUCCAAGUAUGUCGGUUCAGCAAUGUUCUACGAAAACAGGGCAUUCGGAAGGGUGACCGAGUGGCCAUCUACAUGCCCAUGAUCCUGGAGCUGGUGGUGGCCAUGCUGGCAUGUGCCCGCCUUGGGGCUCUGCACUCCAUUGUGUUUGCAGGCUUUUCUGCAGAAUCUCUAUGUGAACGGAUCGUGGAUUCCAGUUGCAGCCUUCUCAUCACUGCAGAUGCCUUCUAUAGGGGGGAAAAGCUUGUGAACCUGAAGGAGCUGGCUGACGAGGCCCUGGAGAAGUGUCGGGAGAAGGGUUUCCCAGUGAGAUGCUGCAUUGUGGUCAAGCACCUAGGACGGGCAGAGCUGGGCAUGGGUGACUCCCCCAACCAGCCCCCUCCGAUUAAGAGGCCAUGCCCAGAUAUGCAGGGAAAGCUGAAAGUGAAAUCCAAGCGCAUCAGGCCCCAGAUCUCCUGGAACCAGGGGGUUGACUUGUGGUGGCAUGAGCUCAUGCAAGAAGCAGGGGAUGAGUGUGAGCCUGAGUGGUGUGAUGCUGAGGACCCACUCUUCAUCCUAUACACCAGUGGCUCCACAGGCAAACCCAAGGGUGUGGUACACACAGUUGGGGGCUACAUGCUUUAUGUGGCCACGACCUUCAAGUACGUGUUUGACUUUCACCCGGAGGACGUGUUCUGGUGCACAGCAGACAUUGGCUGGAUCACUGGCCAUUCCUAUGUCACUUAUGGGCCACUGGCUAACGCUGCCACCAGCAUUUUGUUUGAGGGGAUCCCUACAUACCCAGACGUGGGCCGCAUGUGGAGCAUUGUGGACAAGUACAAGGUGACCAAGUUCUACACAGCACCCACAGCCAUCCGCCUGCUCAUGAAGUUUGGAGAGGAACCUGUCACCAAGCAUAGCCGGGCAUCCUUACAGGUGCUAGGCACAGUGGGUGAACCCAUCAACCCUGAGGCCUGGCUGUGGUACCACCGGGUGGUAGGUGCCCAGUGCUGCCCCAUUGUGGACACCUUCUGGCAGACAGAGACAGGUGGCCACAUGCUGACCCCCCUCCCUGGUGCCACACCCAUGAAGCCUGGUUCUGCUACCUUUCCGUUCUUUGGCGUAGUUCCUGCAAUCCUGAAUGAGUCUGGGGAAGAGCUGGAGGGUGAAGCUGAAGGUUAUCUGGUGUUCAAGCAGCCCUGGCCAGGUAUUAUGCGCACAGUCUAUGGAAGUCACGCACGCUUUGAGACCACCUAUUUUAAGAAGUUCCCUGGGUACUAUGUGACAGGAGAUGGCUGCCGGAGGGACCAGGAUGGCUAUUACUGGAUCACUGGCAGGAUUGAUGACAUGCUCAAUGUAUCUGGACACCUGCUGAGCACAGCAGAGGUGGAGUCAGCCCUUGUGGAACAUGAGGCUGUCACAGAGGCUGCUGUGGUCGGACACCCUCACCCUGUGAAGGGCGAAUGCCUGUACUGCUUUGUCACCCUCUGUGAUGGUCACACAUUCAGCCCCACCCUUACUGAGGAGCUCAAGAAGCAGAUUAGAGAAAAGAUCGGCCCCAUUGCUACACCGGAUUACAUCCAGAAUGCACCCGGCUUGCCUAAAACUCGCUCAGGGAAAAUCAUGAGACGGAUACUUCGGAAGAUUGCUCAGAAUGACCACGACCUGGGGGACACAUCUACUGUGGCUAACCCAUCUGUCAUCAGCCAUCUCUUCCGCCACCGCUGUCUGACCACCCAGUGAACAAGACCCUGACCUUUACCCAGGAUUCCCUGUUUGGCUCUCAAAAGUUGUGCCCAUCCUCCCUUGCCCCCCAUCCAGCAGUGCUGAGGGCUAGUGAACACCCACACCGCCUUCCUCAACCUGCUGUCUGGGACCAAGGACCAGCUUUGGCCCUGGGUGGAGACAACUCCCUGUGACUGCCAAGCAGAUGGGACAGGGCCCAGGUGAACCUUAUAUUGCUGUAUCCCCAGACUGCAAAGAGCCUUUGGAGCCCAGAACAGGGACCUGAAGGUUAUGUCCCCAACUCACAUGUUCAGAGGGCAAGUGAGAGCCUAGACUGAAGCAGGAAGGCAGCUCUGUAAUCCUGUCAACUCUCUCAGGAAGCACCAGUACUUACCUUGGACAUGCACUUGCACUUAGAAAUGCCUAUUUGUGAGUCCUGGAACAAUUACUAUUUUUUAAAACACUUUGCCGGUUCUGUUUUGGGUUUAAAUUCUCUUUUGUGCCAGAUGAUAGUGCUGUCUGCCCAUUUGCUCCAGGGGCUGUGAGGGUAGGCUCAGUCUCCAGAGGGUUUUCAGAUAAUCUGCUUCAUUGAGAGAGUAGACAUGCUCCUAGGACCAGAGGAGCUUGUCUUCCUUGUCUUCUGUUCCCAUCCACCCCUGAACAGAGCCCGGCCCAUGAGAGACACUCUCAGAUGAGACUCUCUUCUUGCCUCAGUCGUGCUCAAGCCCUUUGGAUGCAGGAAUAAAGUCUGUAAGCUCAGGAAG